UAUGGAUGCGUUGCGUUCUUCUUUUCUGUGCACAAUUUCUAACCUCAAUCCAAACACAAGAAAAUCACAACCUCCGAAGAGCACUAGUUCUCCAUGCAUACUACUAUUAGCUAUAGCAAGAAAAGCUAAUGAUAGUGAUGAUGAUAUUGCUCCAAGUACGAAGCGAUGUGCAAUGAUCUUGCGAUCUCUGGAUGACUUCAUAAAAAACUCCAUAGAGCCACCACUACUCCGACCUUCAUUGGACCCGAUGCUCGUGCUCUCCGACAACUAUGCUCCUAUAACCGAAGAGCUUCCCCCAACCGAGUGCGAGCUGAUACAAGGCUCCCUACCACCGUGCCUUGACGGUGCUUACAUUCGCAAUGGCCCUAACCCACAAUUCCUUCCCCAAGGGCGGCCUUAUCACCUCUUCGAUGGCGAUGGCAUGCUUCACUCCAUCAGGAUCUCCCAAGGCCGAGCAAUGCUUUGUAGCCGCUACGUCAAGACCUAUAAAUACACUGUGGAGCGCGAAGCCGGAUAUCCUCUCUUUCCCAGCAUUUUCUCUAGCUUUAACGGCCUCCUUGCCUCCACAAUGAACGUGGCUCUUCUUGCUGCUCGAAUCAUUGCUGGUCAUCUCAAUCUUGCUAACGGCUUUGGUGUGGCCAACACCAGUUUAAUUCUCUUUGGCAACCGUCUCUACGCGCUUUGCGAGUCUGACCUCCCUUAUGCUGUGCGGUUGACAUCCAACGGAGAUAUUCAGACUAUGGGGCGGCACCAUUUUGAUCAGAAGCUCUCCGAGGGCAUGACAGCUCAUCCGAAGAUAGACCCCGAAACAGGCGAGACCUUUGCUUUCCGUUACAGACCAGUGCCUCCAUUCCUCACCUAUUUUCGCUUCAAUGCAGACGGGACAAAGCACCCGGACGUGCCCAUAUUCUCUAUGCGUCGUCCAUCUAUCAUCCACGACUUUGCAAUCACCAAGAAGUAUGCCAUAUUUGUUGACAUACAAUUAACACUGGACCCCAUCAAAAUGAUCACUACCGGUGGAUCUCCAGUCGUUUUCGAUCCGUCCAAAGUGACUAGGAUCGGAGUACUUCCACGGUACGCAGUUGACGAGUCCGAGAUGAGGUGGUUUAAUGUUCCGGGAUUGAACAUUUUACACACCAUUAACGCAUGGGACGAUGAUCAAGAAGACGAUCUUGAUACGGAUACUAUCGUGUUGGUUGCACCAAAUGUAUUGUCUCCACAAUACAUUUUCAAGAGAUGGGAUCUCUUCCGCUCGUCUGUCGAGAAAAUGAGGAUCAAUCUCAAGACGGGGAUCGUAACAAGGCAACCAAUCUCCGUAAGGAAUAUAGAAUUCGGGAUAAUCAAUCGUGCUUAUGUGGGGAAGAAGAACAAGUUUGUGUAUGGAUCUGUCCCUGGAGAAACAAUGCUCGCUGAUGAUCAUUCAAUACCAAAGUGUGCAGGGGUGGUGAAGUUGGAUCUAGAUGUAUCGUCCGAUGGGGGUGAGCGCACGGUGGCAUGCAGGAUGUACGGACCAAAUUGCUACGGCGGCGAGCCUUUCUUUGUUGCUAGAGAGCCGGAGAAUCCAAACGCGGAGGAGGAUGAUGGAUACGUGGUGUCAUUUGUGCACGAUGAGAAGACAGGAGAAUCAAGGUUCUUAGUGAUGGAUGCUAAGUCGCAACAGCUUGAUAUUGUGGCGGCUCUCAAGCUGCCCCGCCGGGUCCCGUACGGUUUCCAUGGUCUCUUCGUGAAGGAAAGUGACCUACAAAAGUUGUACUAA